UAUAAGUUUACAUUCAAGCUUUACGCAUCGUAGCCAGUUUAAAGGAUUGGAGUAAAAUCUGGAGAUGCUUCAGUUAUUUAUUUUAACCUUGUUCUUGGCAGGUUCCGAUGGCGCCCUGCAGUUUGCUUCCUACUACCAGGACCACAUGGUUCUACAGAGAGGUCCUCAGCGGGCCGUCAUCUGGGGACAUGCCACAAAAAUAGGGGACACUGUCACAGUUGCCAUCGCUGGCCAUGGCUCGGUCACGGGUACUGUCACCAAAGAUGCUGCAGGACAUGGGACGUGGAAGGUCAAGCUGCCCGCUAUGACGUCCAAAGGUCCUUUCACUGUGUCCGCUACUUCGAGUGAGGGGUCGGUGACCAUCAAGGAUGUCCUCUUCGGUGAUGUUUGGCUCUGUGGUGGUCAAAGUAACAUGGCGUUUCCAGCUGGACAUGUUUUUAAUAGCACUGCUGAAUUAGAAGCAUCUCUGAAGUACGUGGACAUACGUGUCAUGCGAGUAAGUCACGCCCAGUCGACAACACCGCUCACGGAACUUGGGGCACAAUAUGACGUCGCUAAGUGGCAGGCACCAACAAAAGCUGGUAUCAGCACUUUCUCUGCUGUGUGCUGGUUCUACGGCGAGUACCUCUACCCUGACAGAAAGUAUCCUAUUGGUUUGAUCGCGUCCGACUGGGGAGGUACGCCCAUCGAAGCCUGGUCCUCUCCCGAUGCCCUAUCGGCAUGUUCCCAUCACACAAAGCGAGGUCCACGUGCAGCCACUGUUCUCUGGAACUCAAUGAUUAAUCCUCUUCUAGACCUUACCAUAUAUGGAGCUAUAUGGUACCAAGGUGAGGGAAACCGUGAUUAUGCUGAUCUAUAUUCAUGUCAGUUCCCUGCUAUGAUCAGCGACUGGCGACAGAAGUUUCACAAGGCUUCGUUGGGAGAAACGAGCGAUACCUUCCCAUUUGGUUUCGUCCAGUUGGCAGGCUAUCGUCAGAGCGCUACAAUGAUCGGGGGGUUUCCUGGACUGAGAUGGGCCCAAACAGCGAACCAUGGCACUGUUCCUAAUCAGGAUCUGAAGAAUGUCUUCAUGGCGGUCGCUAUGGAUCUACCUGACUACAAGUCGCCAUAUAGCAUCAUCCAUCCCCGAUACAAGCAAGAUGUUGCUAGGCGACUGGUUCAAUCUGCUCGAGGAGUUGCUUACAAUGAACAAGGGGUGUUGUACCAGGGUCCUUUUCCCAAAACUGUAACAGAAAAUGGACCACAACACACAAUGAAUAUCAUCUACAACUACGGCCCCAUAACGGUUAACUCAAACAGUGGAUUUGAGGUGUGCUGCUCAGCUGCUGCAAAGUGUGGUCCUCAAGAUACAUGGGUGGCCGCACCGAUCCAGUCCCACCAAGACAACGAGGUGAUUCUGUCCACACGAUCUUGUAGCCACAAGGUCGUGGGUGUGAGGUACGCCUGGAGAGAGAGUCCCUGUGACUACAAGAAGUGCGCCAUAUAUGGGAGGGAAACGUCACUUCCGGCUCCCCCAUUCUUACACACAGACAAUUUCGGGCCUGGACAAAUCAUUGGUUAAUAAAUCUUAUAAUGUGUUGAA